GUUUGAAGGCUGUAAUGAAGGCUUUGAACGACUAAAUCUGAAUAUGAUAUUUUCCACAAAUGAUCAACAGAUUUAUUAUUCAUAACUCUUUCUGGUUUUUUUGCUUUUAUGGAAACCAAACAGUCGAUAUUUCCAACCCAGAGAAACUCCGAGUCUGGCUCUGCGCCUCCCAGCGCGCUUUACCAGCGUUAGCAUUAGCGUUAGCAUUAGCAUUAGCGAGCCCCCGCGGGCCAUCAGUAUUCUGCGCAUGCGCGGAAAGAGCGCCCAUCCGAAGGGGGUGACGUCAUAACGGUGAGAACGUGGAGACGCAAUAAUGGGCGUGUUCAGCCGAAGCUUUGCACACCUUUCCCAGCAGUGCAGGUGAAGCGAGCAGCAGCUGGACAGACUGUAGCGUAAAGACAACAGCGGUGACUUACAUUCUUAACCUCAACCCAGCUGAGGAGGAGGAAAGCGCUUUAUAAACAUUACUGCAGGAAAAGACUGACAGCGUUACUGUGUCUGAAACUGUGAUAAAGCUCUUGUCUGAGAGACGCGUCUGACUUUCAGAACAGAGAGUGAAAAUGAGCACGAUGGAAAAGGAAGAGCCGCCGCCGCCGCCAGCAGCGGACAGGAAGACAUAUGAAGAACUGGAGGCAGAGUUCCAGGAGGCGCUGAUAGAAGUGAAAGGAAAGAAGACUCUGGCCAAGUUCAGUGUGGAAUACGACAAGCUCAUCCUCGCCUUGAAGAAGUCACAGGAGAACGAGAAGAAGCUGAUUACAAAAUGCCAAAAGCUGAACGCAGAGAUGAAGUCCAACUCUGUGAAAGUGGAGGCGGCCCUCAGGCAGUCUCACGAAGACCAGAUCACCAUUAUAAAACUCCGAAAGGAAGUCGAGAUGACUUAUGUAAAGGUGGAGGUAGCCAAUGAAAAGAAGAAGACUGCUUUUGACACGAUUAAGACAAUGCAGCGGGAACUCAACAAAGUUAAUGAACUCGUGGAGCGUUCAGGUCUUUUAUCACUAGAAGAAGGGCAGACUGUGGACUGCAUCCUGAAAGACAAGAUGCAGUUAGAGGCCGAAAUAAAAAAACUGCAGACUCAGCUGUCGAUUCUCCAAGAAGAUUUAGUAAACAUCACGACCAAGCAACAAGAGACUGAGGAGGACAACAUGAUGGCCCAGGAAACCAUUCUACAGUUGCAAAAGGAUGCCCGAGUGCAUCAGGAGGUGUUCUCGAAGCAGACCCUCGAGAAGGAGAAGCUGGAGGAAUCCUUGAAACAGGUUCAAGCAGACCUUGAAACCAAGCAGAUGGAAAAAGAGAUGCUGGUCACACAAUGUCAGGGUGUCACUGAAGAGAAGGACAAGGUGACGGAGGAGCUCCUGAAGCAAAAGAUUCUGAAUGAGAAAGUCUCGAAUAAGCUGGAGGAGAUGAAGGUGCGCAACACUCAACUCCAGAAUGACAUCGAAAAGAAAUUAUUCAGCAUAAAGAAGCUCACCAAGGAAAAUGAACAAAAUGCCUCUGAACUGAUGGUGGAGAAAAAGGAGAAUAGUAAGAUGAAGCAGGAGCUGGCAAAACAGGCCAAGAUGAAGAAGUUGGUCUGUCAGACCAAGGAACAGAAACGGCAGGUGGAAGGGCAGAGAGAUGCACUGAAGCACCAGGUCACAUGCAUGAAGAAAGAAAGGGAGAUGACACAAAAACAAACCGAGAGUGACAAGAUGACAAUAACCAAACUGAUGCAUGAGAAAGAAGUGCUCAGUCGGGAUUUGCUCAAGAAAGCAAUGGAAACGGAGGAGCAAAUAAACUUGGUGAAGAAUCAUGAGUUUAAGAACAUGGCGUUGGAGCAGGAAAUUCUCAAAUCCCAAGAUGAGCUACAGAAGAAGGGCAAAAUGAUCCUUCAGAUGGAAAAGGAGCAGGACCGGUGCAACAAAGAAACCAACAACCUCACACACAAGGUCUUACUGAAUAUGGAGGAACGUAAAGUGCAAGAGCGGGAGAUGAUUGAUUACAAGAAGAAGAUCGCUGAGGCAGGCAUGAAGCUCAAGCAGCAAGAACAACUCAACAGGGAAAUCAGGGUUGAACGCAACAAUUACUCCAAGAGUCUGCUUGAUGCUCAGAAUGACCUCAAAGAUUUGCAGCGCAAGAUGCACUCCAUGAACCAAAAGAACCGUGAGCUCUUACAGGAAAUCCAAAGCAAAGAGGCAGCACUGGCCAAAGAGCACGCAGAGCUCCAGCAAAAAGAGAAACAAAAGGAGGUUCUUAAGGCUGAGCUUCAGAAGAUGAAGCAGGAGACCCAAAAGACCAUGCACUGUCUGGACAAUCAGAAGCUCAAACUACAAAACUUGCUGAAAAAAAUAGCAGAUGCUGAAGCCGAGAAAGCGGUGCAGCAGAGAGAACUGAACCAGGUCAUCAGCGAGCGGGACACUCUCAGGAGUCAGCUGGCGCAGCAGGACGAAGAACUAGAACAGCUUUCUGAGAAGAACAGGGUUCAGGAGUCUAUCCUGAACAAAGGAAGGGACCAUUAUGACCAAAGGGUGCAGGAAAUCCACUUGCUCAAGCAGGAGAUCAAGAAACUGAGGAGUGAGAAGUUAGCCCUCAGCAAUUCCGUGUCCAGUGUGGAGUUCCUCAAGCAGCAGAUCGGCCAUAUGCAGAAGGACCUGUUUCGGGAGCAAGCAAAAUGUAAACGCUUGCAGAAACUACUCGAAAAUCCCAUUAACAUUCAUCGUUGGAGAAGAAAGAAGAUGAGUGACCCGAGUAACUUCGAGCUGAUCCAGAAGAACCAACGUCUUCAGCGGCGCCUGUUAGCCAAAUGCAAGGAGGUUCUGGAGAAAGAACAUCAGCUCAAGGAGAAGGAAGAGCUGUGUGAGGAAAUGAAGCACGUCGUAGUGAAUUAGCUCUUCAUCCUGGUUCAGCCCGUUUGGAUUCCGAGUGAGCACCAGAACCAGGAGGAGGCCAAGCAGGACACCUGCAAGAACAGCAGCCAGUGCUUGGACAAACCUGUCGAGACCUGAGGUCACUGAUGCGUGCUGAUGGCUUUGGGUUAAAGCUGUGUUUUAUUGCUGUAUUAUUGAACAACACUCCAGUAAUAACUGUUUCAGCUUGGCUGUAUGUCGAACUCGGACACUUGAUUGAAGAUUGUGGAUAAAGAUGAUCAGAAUCCCUUUCACUUCAAACAGGACCAGAACAUGUGCGUCAGGUUUGCUUCUGUCACGCAUUUCCCCUUGGUUAGAGUGUAGAACAUAAAGUGGUGCUUGAAAGUUUGUGAACCCUUUAGAAUUUUCUAUAUUUCUGCAUAAAUAUGACCUAAAACAUCAUCAGAUUUUCACACAAGUCCUAAAAGUAGAUAAAGAGAACCCAGUUAAACAAAUGAGACAAAAAUAUUAGACUUGGUCAUUUAUUUAUUGAGGAAAAUGAUCCAAUAUUACAUAUCUGUGAGUGGCAAAAGUAUGUGAACCUCUAGGAUUAGCAGUUAAUUUGGAGGUGAAAUUAGAGUCAGGUGUUUUCAAUCAAUGGGAUGACAGUCAGGUGUGAGUGGGCACCCUGUUUUAUUUAAAGAACAGGGAUCUAUCAAAGUCUGAGCUUCACAACACGUUUGUGGAAGUGUAUCAUGGCACGAACAAAGGAGAUUUCUGAGGACCUCAGAAAAAGCGUUGUUGAUGCUAGAGAUUUCUAACGUACUCCUCCUAGAUGGUUCAUCAAAUUCAUGUCAAACUUGGCAAACAGUGAUGCCAAGAUAUUGCUGAAUGUUGAACUUGAUAUCUUGUAAUAUGAUUCUGAUACUAACACACCGCCUAGUGGCCAGUGUUAGUAAUCACCAGUCAUACGCACCGCCUAGUGGCCAGUGUUAGUAAUUACCAGUCAUACACACCGCCUAGUGGCCAGUGUUAGUAAUUACCAGUCAUACACACACCGCCUCGUGGCCAGUGUUAGUAAUUACCAGUCAUAUACACCGCCUAGUGGCCAGUGUUAGUAAUUACCAGUCAUACACACCGCCUAGUGGCCAGUGUUAGUAAUUACCAGUCAUACACACACCGCCUCGUGGCCAGUGUUAGUAAUUACCAGUCAUACGCACCGCCUAGUGGCCAGUGUUAGUAAUUACCAGUCAUACACACCGCCUAGUGGCCAGUGUUAGUAAUUACCAGUCAUACACCCCGCCUAGUGGCCAGUGUUAGUAAUUACCAGUCAUACACACACCGCCUCGUGGCCAGUGUUAGUAAUUACCAGUCAUAUACACCGCCUAGUGGCCAGUGUUAGUAAUUACCAGUCAUACACACCGCCUAGUGGCCAGUGUUAGUAAUUACCAGUCAUAUACACCGCCUAGUGGCCAGUGUUGGUAAUUACCAGUCAUACACACCGCCUAGUGGCCAGUGUUAGUAAUUACCAGUCACACACACACCGCCUCGUGGCCAGUGUUAGUAAUUACCAGUCACACACCACCUAGUGGCCAGUGUUAGUAAUUACCAGUCACACCACCUAGUGGCCAGUGUUAGUAAUUACCAGUCACACCACCUAGUGGCCAGUGUUAGUAAUUACCAGUCACACACACCACCUAGUGGUCAGUGUUAGUAAUUACCAGUCAUACACACCGCCUAGUGGCCAGUGUUAGUAAUUACCAGUCACACACACACCGCCUCGUGGCCAGUGUUAGUAAUUACCAGUCACACACACACCACCUAGUGGCCAGUGUUAGUAAUUACAGUCAUACACACCGCCUAGUGGUCAGUGUUAGUAAUUACCAGUCACACACACCAUCUAGUGGCCAGUGUUAGUAAUCAGUCAUACGCACCACCUAGUGGCCAGUGUUAGUAAUCACCAGUCAUACACACCGCCUAGUGGCCAGUGUUAGUAAUCACCAGUCAUACACACCGCCUAGUGGCCAGUGUUAAUAAUGACCAGUCAUACACACCGCCUAGUGGCCAGUGUUAGUAAUCACCAGUCAUACACACCGCCUAGUGGCCAGUGUUAGUAAUUACCAGUCGUACACACCGCCUAGUGGCCAGUGUUAGUAAUUACCAGUCAUACACACCGCCUAGUGGCCAGUGUUAGUAAUUACCAGUCACACACACACCGCCUCGUGGCCAGUGUUAGUAAUUACCAGUCAUACACACCGCCUAGUGGCCAGUGUUAGUAAUUACCAGUCACACACACCACCUAGUGGCCAGUGUUAGUAUUUACCAGUCAUACACCACCUAGUGGCCAGUGUUAGUAAUUACCAGUCGUACACACCGCCUAGUGGCCAGUGUUCAUAAUUACUAGUCACACACACCACCUAGUGGCCAGUGUUAGUAAUUACCAGUCAUACACACCGCCUAGUGGCCAGUGUUAGUAAUCAGUCAUACGCACCACCUAGUGGCCAGUGUUAGUAAUCACCAGUCAUACACACCGCCUAGUGGCCAGUGUUAAUAAUGACCAGUCAUACACACCGCUUAGUGGCCAGUGUUAGUAAUCACCAGUCAUACACACCGCCUAGUGGCCAGUGUUAGUAAUUACCAGUCACACACACCACCUAGUGGCCAGUGUUAGUAAUUACCAGUCAUACACACCGCCUAGUGGCCAGUGUUAGUAAUUACCAGUCACACACACCACCUAGUGGCCAGUGUUAGUAAUCAAUCAUACGCACCACCUAGUGGCCAGUGUUAGUAAUCACCAGUCAUACACACCGCCUAGUGGCCAGUGUUAAUAAUGACCAGUCAUACACACCGCCUAGUGGCCAGUGUUAGUAAUCACCAGUCAUACACACUGCCUAGUGGCCAGUGUUAGUAAUUACCAGUCGUACACACCGCCUAGUGGCCAGUGUUAGUAAUUACCAGUCAUACACACCGCCUAGUGGCCAGUGUUAGUAAUUACCAGUCACACACACCACCUAGUGGCCAGUGUUAGUAAUUACCAGUCACACACACACCGCCUCGUGGCCAGUGUUAGUAAUCACCAGUCAUACACACCGCCUAGUGGCCAGUGUUAAUAAUGACCAGUCAUACACACCGCUUAGUGGCCAGUGUUAGUAAUCACCAGUCAUACACACCGCCUAGUGGCCAGUGUUAGUAAUUACCAGUCAUACACACCGCCUAGUGGCCAGUGUUAGUAAUCAAUCAUACGCACCACCUAGUGGCCAGUGUUAGUAAUUACCAGUCAUACACACCGCCUAGUGGCCAGUGUUAGUAAUUACCAGUCAUACACACCGCCUAGUGGCCAGUGUUAGUAAUUACCAGUCACACACACCACCUAGUGGCCAGUGUUAGUAAUCAAUCAUACGCACCACCUAGUGGCCAGUGUUAGUAAUCACCAGUCAUACACACCGCCUAGUGGCCAGUGUUAAUAAUGACCAGUCAUACACACCGCCUAGUGGCCAGUGUUAGUAAUCACCAGUCAUACACACUGCCUAGUGGCCAGUGUUAGUAAUUACCAGUCGUACACACCGCCUAGUGGCCAGUGUUAGUAAUUACCAGUCAUACACACCGCCUAGUGGCCAGUGUUAGUAAUUACCAGUCACACACACCACCUAGUGGCCAGUGUUAGUAAUUACCAGUCACACACACACCGCCUCGUGGCCAGUGUUAGUAAUUACCAGUCAUACACACCGCCUAGUGGCCAAUGUUAGUAAUUACCAGUCACACACCACCUAGUGGCCAGUGUUAGUAAUUACCAGUCAUACACACUGCCUAGUGGCCAGUGUUAGUAAUUACUAGUCAUACACACCGCCUAGUGGCCAGUGUUAGUAAUUACCAGUCACACACACCGCCUAGUGGCCAGUGUUAGUAAUUACCAGUCAUACGCACCACCUAGUGGCCAGUGUUAGUAAUCACCAGUCACACACACCGCCUAGUGGCCAGUGUUAGUAAUUACCAGUCAUACACACUACCUAGUGGCCAGUGUUAGUAAUUACCAGUCAUACACACCGCCUAGUGGCCAGUGUUAGUAAUCAGUCAUACACACCACCUAGUGGCCAGUGUUAGUAAUCACCAGUCAUACACACCGCCUAGUGGCCAGUGUUAGUAAUUACCAGUCACACACACCACCUAGUGGCCAGUGUUAGUAAUUACCAGUUAUACACACCGCCUAGUGGCCAGUGUUAGUAAUUACCAGUCACACACACCACCUAGUGGCUAGUGUUAGUAAUUACCAGUCACACACACACCGCCUAGUGGCCAGUGUUAGUAAUUACCAGUCACACACACACCACCUAGUGGCCAGUGUUAGUAAUUACCAGUCACACACACUGCCUAGUGGCCAGUGUUAGUAAUUACCAGUCACACACACACCGCCUAGUGGCCAGUGUUAGUCAUUACCAGUCACACACACACCGCCUCGUGGCCAGUGUUAGUAAUUACCAGUCAUACACACUGCCUAGUGGUCAGUGUUAGUAAUUACCAGUCACACACACCGCCUAGUGGCCAGUGUUAGUAAUUACCAGUCAUACACACCGCCUCGUGGCCAGUGCUAGCCAGUAAAUAAAACAAAAGAGACUGGCUAGGAUAUAAGAAAAUUCUACAACCCAGAAACAGAUGGGAGCUCCGCUUUUAGGCAGUGCCUCAAUCUAUAUAUUAGUGACCUGCCAUCAUUGUGCAUUUUGUUGCAGACAUAUGAAAACUCUGCAUGUACACACACAGACACUGCAGACACAGGAAAGCUAAGAUGACAUAAGAUUACAGCGUGAGACAGAGAUAAGGAGGAGACACAUGUAUAGUUUUGUACAUAUAUAAAUGUACAUUUUCACACCACAGAAACACACACACAGUCUUUGUCUAUCUCUCAUCCGUCAAGCAGUCAUGGCAUUUGCAACAUGCACAUCACCUUUGAACAUUUGAUGAAUAUAUGGCAUGUGACUGUUUUGUUGGGUGGCGGAAACACACGUGCGAGGGCCUGUCAAGGCCGCUAGCGGCUUUAAUUAUUAUUUAUUAUUAUAUACACAUUCCUUUCGGGUGUUCAGCGCAUCUUUCUCUUUCAAAAUUCUCUCAAAAUCUUCCGUAUUUAACAAAGCAAACCUGGUGGCCAUGUUUGUUUACAAAUUGUCUCAGUCACUUGCUAGUGCAGAAGUUUUACAUCUCCGAUGUGUCUCUCUUCUAGUUUUUCGAUGUCUAUUGGUCAGUUUUUCUCUUGUAAAUAUGCGUGAAAAAUCUCUCAUGGAGUUUUGGGAGCCUUUCGGGUGUUCAGCGCGUCUUUGUUUCCUGGUGAACACAGAAAUGGUUCUGCGCAUCCAUAGCAGAAAACUCAUUGAAUAUUUGCAUCAACUCCGAUGUGUGACGUCAUGUCUUGACAACCAUGCAAUAUCGUAACCCAUAUUCAACACUCAUUCUCCAUUGGGUAGAGUGAUGUAAUACACGUAGGAUAAGCGAUAUGCUAACAAUAUCACAUGCUAUCAAACCAAAUGAGUGAAACUUGCUAGAAGGGAAUAGAACAUUUUUAUUCCGUGGAAAAAGUGUGGUGUAAUUUCCCGAUAUUUCAUUUCACCUUCAGUGAAGAAUUGUUAAUUACCCAAUCUCUGCUCUUCCGUAAAAGUGUAAUCCAGUUUAUCUGCUGGGAAAAGGUGUUUAUUCUCUAAAUUAUCCCAAUAUAAGAUUAAGUUUUAAAGCUUAUGAGCUAAAAGACAUCCUGCCUUUUCCACACGUUCUUAAAGAUAUCUUCAUUUAUUCUGCUGGUAAUCACUGCACGAAGAUUUCAGCCCGCACUCAGAGCAAUUCUGUUGGUGUUUAUGGAGAGUUGCUGCUCCAACUGCUGUAUACAACCCAGAAGUUGUUCUAUUUACUUGCUUUAUUCCAAGAUAAAAUGAUUUCGCUUCUUUAUGGUGAUCAUUACCUCAAUAAUCACAGAAACGUUUAUCCACCAGUUAUCUAUAUUAAUGGAGAAACAGAUUGAGAAGUCAGGAUUCUGUUCUGAUGAUUUCUUCCCUCACUAAAGUGUUUUGUCUGGGGGGUAAAAAAAAAAAAGAAUAGAAAUAAACAGACAGGAGUAUGAACAUUGUUUCCAUGGAGAAAAGAACCUUGAGACUGAUACAGCCAGCUUCAUUCAUGAAACAUCAACACUGAAGAUGUUUUAGAGAGACAGAGCUUUGGAGCUGGAACAGUCCCAGGAUGGAUCCACUAAAGCCAAAAGGAUCCAUUUCAGAUUCAAAACGGUGGAGUUCACCGAUUGCACACGUCACUCACUAGAUUUCUCUCACUUGGUUCAGCUACAUUUUUACCAGAGGUGGACAAUAACGAAGUACAUUUACUUGUGUACUGUACUUAAGUACACUGAGUAUCUGUACUUUGAGUAUUUUUUGGAAACUUAUGACUAACUUCACAUUUGAAACACAAAUAUUGUACUUUUCACUCCAUUGCAUUUUCUAAAAUGUGAUUGUUUUUCCACAGGGGAUACUGAGAGCCCAUCAGUAAUCACUCGGGUCACAUCAUGUCCACAGACUGGAUAAAAUCAAGCUCAGUGAUUUCUCCACAGCAUUAUUUAACAUGAUCAGUUGAUAGCAGAAUGGAAGGUGGUGGUUCUUCUGGAGAACACACACACACACACACACACACACCAGUGGCUUUACCCAGAAGCCAUGUUUCAGUUUUCUGGAAGGAUUAAAGAGUCAUUUCGUUUUAAACCUUUGCUGAAAACGAGUCACAUCACAGCCUACAAACACUUGCUGUCUGACCUGCAGAAACAUAUUGAGGUCUGUAAACGUUUUAUUCCAAGAGAAAGCUUGCAGUGAAGUUGUCUGUGCUUUAAGAGCUAGCAAUAACAUUGCAGUAGCUGUGCAGUCCGGUCAGUCAAAUGACUUUCUAUGGAUUUGCCCUCCAAGUUGCCAUCGCCUUGUCCACGACUAACGCCAACACAUGGCUAGUUAACUUGGACACAGCAUGUAAAAAUGGAGUUACGCUAACAUGAAUAAUGUUAACUCAUCUGAAGUCCUUUCAGAAAUGUUUUAGCAUCAUCUUGCCAAAUAAACAGAACGUAGAAAUCUAUCUAGUAGCGUUAGCUAUCCAGUAUGAUUUCAAGUUUGAAAAGUGUUUGCUAGCAUGUCAGGUGGAGUUUCACUAACUAGCUAGCUUAACAUUAAACCACCAUGAUGCACAGCAUGCGUUCAUUUUGCGAAUUUACAUUUCUGUCCUUGGUAACCAGCGUUAGGUUUUGUAAGUGUUGUGGCAAUAAUACAGCGAUGCGUUGACAGAAAAAUGUACUUAAUACUUUAUUUUUAAAAGCAAAUACUUCAGUACUUUAACUUAAGUUUCACUUGUAUCGGAGUAACAUUUAACCAGUAGGAUCUGUACUUAAGUAAUGAAGUUGGGUUUUGUCCACCUCAGAUUUUUACUGACUGCUCUUUUAGAACGUUUGAUAUCUCAGCCACGUGUGUGAAAUCCAAUCAGUUCUGAUCUCCGCAAUCACUUAUACAAGAGACCAGCUGGGAGGGAAUUCCACACAUACCUGCAGACUCUGCGUCACCACAUCUCCCAGUCUGCAGAGUAUUUUCUGGGGGUUUUUUCCCCAGCCUAAUGAGAAUUUUAUUUUUUUAAAAAUCAGACGUAAACAGGACUGAGGGUGGGUUUCAGUUUAAUGGCGGUCGUAUCAAACAGAGCUAUACAUUUAUUUGCCUUUCUUGGCCUUUAUCUUCCUCAGGUAGAACUCCAGUUCCUUUCCCUCGAGAA